CACCUUAAAGACAAGUUAAAGAGGACUCCAACAAUGUCCGAAGCUGCUUACGGAUUACAACAAUGGAGAAAUGGCGAAUCAUUUCACGUCGCCUCCUCAGGCACUCUCCGAGAAUUAUACCUGGGACUUCUCCAAGACCUGGUUUCGAGGGAUCAAUCCAACGUUCAGGUUCCAAGGAUAAUCUCGGAAGAGCAGAACGAUAUUUUCAAAAUGAAAAGCAGAACGUUGAAACAUAUUCCCGUCCUUUAAGAGAUUCCGUUGGAAACCUUCAAAAAUUUCCGGCAAGAAAGUUGUACAAAACUUACGGAAUCCAUUGUCGUUCCUUUGCUUCGGGGGCUGCGAGAGUUCAGAGGAACCCUUCAUUUUCAACGAUAAAUUCUGAUGACAUUGCCUAUUUUAAAGAGAUAUUGGGGGAGAAAAAUGUCAUUCAAGACGAAGAUAGGCUGUUAACAGCAAAUGAGGAUUGGAUGCGGAAAUAUAAGGGCUCGAGCAAGGUUUUGCUACAGCCUAGGAGCACUGAGGAGGUGUCUCAGAUUCUUAAAUAUUGUAAUUCCAGAUGCUUGGCUGUUGUCCCACAGGGUGGGAAUACUGGUCUUGUAGGUGGAAGUGUGCCUGUUUUUGACGAGGUGAUUGUCAAUGUUGGUUCCAUGAAUAACAUCAUUUCUUUUGAUGAGGUCAGUGGCAUACUAGUGUGUGAAGCAGGAUGCAUAUUGGAGAAUCUGGAUUCGUUUCUGGUUAAGCAGGGGUUUUUGAUGCCACUUGACUUGGGUGCAAAAGGAAGUUGUCAAAUUGGUGGAAAUAUUUCUACCAAUGCUGGUGGUUUGCACUUUGUACGUUACGGAUCACUCCACGGAAAUGUCCUUGGUCUUGAAGCUGUCCUAGCAAAUGGUACAGUGCUUGACAUGCUUGGGACUUUACGAAAAGAUAAUACAGGAUAUGAUUUGAAACAGUUAUUUAUAGGAAGUGAAGGAUCCUUGGGAAUUGUAACUAAGGUUUCAAUUCUUACCCCUCCCAAGCUGUCUUCAGUAAAUCUGGCUUUUCUUGCUUGUAAAGAUUAUUUUUCUUGUCAGAAACUCCUAAUGGAAGCCCGGAGAAAGCUUGGGGAGGUUCUCUCUGCAUUUGAAUUUUUAGAUAGCCAUUCUAUGGAUCUGGCUUUGACUCACUUAGAAGGUGUUCGAAAUCCAUUACCUUCUUCGAUGUAUGAUUUUUAUGUUCUUAUUGAGACAAUGGGCAGUGACGAAUCAUACAACAGAGAGAAGCUUGAAGCAUUCCUACUACGGUCCAUGGAAGGUGGUUUGAUAUUGGAUGGCGUUGUAGCACAAGAUAUAAACCAAGCAUCCUCAUUCUGGCGUAUCCGUGAGGGUAUACCAGAAGCACUGGGAAGGGCUGGGGCUGUCUAUAAAUAUGAUUUGUCAUUGCCUGUUGAAGAAAUGUACAGUCUUGUUGAGGAAAUGCGACUUCGACUCGGUCAAUCAGCCAACGUAGUGGGAUAUGGUCACCUUGGAGAUGGUAACUUGCAUCUGAAUGUCUCAAUUCCUGAGUAUGAUGAUGCGGUUUUAGACCAAAUUGAACCUUUUGUCUAUGAAUGGACAUCUAAGCGCCGAGGAAGUAUCAGUGCAGAGCAUGGCGUUGGACUGAUGAAAGCUAAUGUGAUUCACUAUAGCAAGUCGCCUGAAACUGUGAAAUUAAUGGCUUCCAUCAAGAAGUUGUUGGACCCCAGUGGAAUACUGAACCCUUAUAAAGUUCUGCCACACAAUAUCGUUUCUCAGGCCUGAGGUACAACACUUGAAUCUAGACCCCAUUCCCAUCAUGACUGGUGGCUAAACUGGGGUUGUCAAAAUAAACGGAAGGAUGCUUGGGACAUGGCUUGGGUGGGAGCCACAUUUAUGUUAAAUUUGGGAAUUUGUUACUGUCCAGUAUCAUAUUUCUUUUCCCAAAGUAAUAAAUCUGAAAC